AUGGAAAUGCCCAUGAACCCAUGCUCCAGAACAGUUAUCACAGCACCCAAAUGCAUAUGCACAGGGUCCAGAGCUCACCUACUAUCUGCAAUCUUACUGGUCUUCAGCAGUAGAACAGUGCUUCUGGUCUUCAGCUGUAUCCUCAGAAUUACUACCAAACCAUCAGUCUCUUUGGUGCGCAGGAAACUUCAACUUGUUGGAGUGACAGCAAUGCUUUUGGCUUGCAAGUAUGAAGAAGUUUCCGUUCCUGUCCUUGAAGACCUCAUAUUGAUUUCUGACAGGGCUUACUCCAGAAAUGACGUGCUUGAGAUGGAGAGCUUCAUGAUCAACACCUUGCAAUUUAAUCUUUCAGUGCCUACUCCUUAUGUCUUCAUGAGGCGCUUUCUUAAAGCUGCUCAAUCUAAUAAAAAGUUGGAGCUUCUGUCCUUCUUUAUCGUUGAGCUGUGCCUCGUCGAGUAUGCAAUGCUUAGGUUCCCCCCGUCUCUCUUAGCAGCAGCAGCAAUCUUUACUGCACAAUGCUCUAUCAAUGGGUUCAAGAAGUGGACUAAGACAUGCGAGAGGCACACAAACUACACUGAAGAUCAGCUUUUGCAAGUGGUUCCUUAUGUUUUUCACACAUUAAUGAAUUUUAUUACUAGUUAUGAUGAUCUAAUGAUCCCAACAAACUUUGUGCACAGGUGGAACCAGCUGAAGAUUGAUGGGGUAUUCGUGGUUAUGACUGAAGGCUGUAAUUUCAUUGGAAAGUUUGGAAGCUACUGCAAGUUCUUUCUACUUGUUAGGGAAGAGAAUCUUUUAGUUUGUGCACAUGAGGAUCUUUUAGUUUGUCCACAAGAGAAUCUUUGA